GUUCGCGCAGGCGCUGUAGGUUCUCUAGCGCUACCGGAUCUCCCUCCAGGUCCGCCCGGUGCUGGAAGCCGGUAGCAGUAACACUGACGCUGGGAUCCAGGCCUUCGAUCAGCGAAGCGGCGAAGGAGAAAUUCCCCUCCCCGACCAACAGGAGACGCCGAGGAACCAUGGUCUCCUCCGGCUACCUGCUGGCGCUCUCUGGGAAACAAUUUCUUACGGGCGCACAUUUCUUACGUCACUUCCUUCGCAUGUGCCUCGUUGCCCCCUCCCUAUUCCACCGGGCACUAAUUGAUGACCCAUAAACAACUUGUUACCUGGGUAAACAUUUGGAGCCACUGCUAGGGAGCUACAAGCGUGAAAGUGAAAUGGAGCUCUUGGCUUUGCCCCUUCAAUUUCGUGCGCCUCCAAAGGCUCGUUUUCUUUUCAGUACACGGACUGCCCAACACGGACGGCCCUGAGCGUCUUCGCCAUUCUUGCUUGAAGUCAUAUACAGUCACUAACUGAGGGGUGAGAAGAGUCCUGCGUAUUCUAGAGGCCCAGGGCUCUAACUGCACCACCCUCUGAAAUGGCUGCCUCCUGUUCUCUCAGCUACUCAACGUAUUUCCAGAGACAAAACCUUGUCUGUUAUCUCAGAAACCCACACUAUGGCAGCCUUAUUUAUGCUGAUGGUCAUGGAGAAGUGUGGACAGACUGGAAUGACAUGUCCAAGUUUUUUCAGUACGGAUGGAGAUGCACCACUAAUGAGAACGCAUAUUCAAACCGUACCCUGGUAGGCAACUGGAACCAGGAAAGAUACGACCUAAAGAAUAUUGUAAAGCCUAAACCCUUGCCUUCCCAGUUUGGACAUGGCUUCGAAACAACAUAUGAUGCAAACUACAACAAGAAGAAGCCACAAUCAGCACAUAGAUUUAAACGAGAGCCUCAUUGGUUUCCUGGACAUCAGCCUGAGCUGGAUCCUCCUCACUACAAAUGCACAGAAAAGUCAACUUAUAUGAGUAACUACUCAAAACCUCAACCCACUCAUUACUCUUGGUGUGUAUAUGAUCCAAACAUGAACCAAUCUUAGGAGCCAGGAAUCUAAAAGAGAAAAGGUAGCUUCAUUUUUUUCUGGAGUAGACUGUAGAAAGGGGCACAUUCUAAGCAGACUCGAACAUCCUCUUAACAUGAUUUCUAUCUAAAUAAAGCACAACACACCAAAAAAAAAAUCUCUAUUUUUGUUUACUCUGUCUUGGUGAAUUUUUAUCAACUUAAGACAAACCUAAACAUAUCUGGAAAGAGGGAAUUUUAAUUGAGAAAUUAUCUCCAUAUGAUUGGCCUGUAGGCAAGCCUGUAAUGGGUAUAUUUUCUUGAUUAAUGAUUGAUGUAGGAGGGACUAUACAACAGGGGGCAGUGCCAUUGCUGGGCUGGUGGUCUUGGGUGCUGUAGGAAAGCAGGUUGAGCAAAGCCAUGGAGAACAAGCCAGCAAGCAGCACUUCUUUAUAGCCUCUACAUCAUCUCCUGCUUUCAGUUUCCUGUCUUGAGUUCCUGCCCUAACUUUCCUGGAUGAUGGACUUAAAAGCUCUAAACUGAAAUAAAUUCUUUCCUCCCCAA